GGAGCGGAGGAGGAUGGAGGGAGAACUCCCUCCGGCCUUAUCAGGCGCCUGCGGUUCUUAUCACAAUGGCACUCUCUACGUGUUCGGAGGGUGUGACCCCAACGGACACACCAACCAGGUAAGGACAGCAAUUAUCCACCCACUGACCUAGGAUCAGGUCACCCUAAGGCUUGCCGUUUGCGUCCUAGUCGAAACAGUUCGCUAGUCGAAGUUCGGUAGCCAAAGUCUAUGCCCCUUUGUCUGCGAUUGGUCAACAGUAGCGAUUCUUCAAUGAAGUGUUUGUUGUCAUUCAAAGACAGACGACUAGUUUUCAUGCACAUUUUUUCACUUGAGAAUACUGCACCAAACAUUGAUUGCGUGGCUGACCUUCUCGGCAAAAAUGUCAAAAUGAAUUACAGAUUUCUUGAGUUAUUAAUUCAGACUAUUUUGAAGAAGUGUACUUUUGCUACAGUGUCUCAAGAGGGACAAACAGUAAUAUUGCUGCUUUUUUCUCGUUUUCCAAGCGAAGGUAUUUUAAGGGAGAAUGCAAGCACAGAUGUUCACUUUUCCUAGCUAAGUUCUGCUAGGAGCAAACCGAACCUAUGUAUGAGGAUGCCUUUACCCAGCUGUAUCCUUUUCCCCUUGGAGGUACAAAGUGUUAAAGUGAAACUGACCUCAGAUCAGAUUGUGUGAUUGAUAGGGGCCUGUUAAGAGAAUCAAGAAAGGCCAAAAGCUGUCUGACGUGUUUUGUUUUCCUCAUGGCCAAGUAGCAUGGGCUGUAACUUGAUAUCACAGAAGUGCAGACAGAAAGACACAGGAAUGUAUUAGUGUCAUUCGUAUGAACUGUGUUCAUGAGAAAGUGGCUGCUUGUCGAUUUGGAAGUGAAUUGGAAGCUGACUUUGUGAGAAGGGACUUCGAAAUGGUCCUGGGUAGCCUAUUAAAUCCGGGCUUGGGAAAGUUAAAUAAAUGUUUUCUUUGGUAUAACAAGAAAAGUAACCUUUCGUGGUAGUUGUUAGUACACUAAUAAUAAUUCGAAAGGUAUAAGAAAUAUGGUAGUAGCUCCACCUUGCUCUCUGAUCUGCUAAGUGGAAUUCACGCUAUAUCAUUCGAUGUACUUUGUUGUCCAUUUACAUGCAAAUUCAUUUUGUGAAUUCUGCAUACAAAUACACAAAAACAAUACACUGUAAUACAUGGAAUGCAGAAAAGACUGGAUAGUUAAUGCACACAUAUUCACUGUCGCUGCGGCCUACUGUCCGACCAUGUAUUGGACCUACAUCUGUCCUAUGUCCCACUGUUCAGCAGCCCGAUGGCCAUCGGAAUAAAACUUAACCUGCUCCUAUUCUUGCUGAACAGUGUUAUCUUACGGUAUAUCUCCUUCUGGAGGGCAGCAGCUCAAAACAUUGGGUAAGGUUGUGUGUGGGGUCCUCUAUGAAUCGUUUGGCCUUGUCCAUUGCCCGUCUAUCAAAGAUUCCCUGAAGACCCUGGGUGUUGACAUGCAGUUCAAAUCCAAUUUUAUUUGUCACAUGCGGCGAAUAUAACCGAACCGGUGUAGACUUUACCGUGAAAUGCUUACUUACGAGACCUUUCCCAACAAUGCAGAGUUAAAAUGUAACAAAAGAUUAGCAACAAAAAAAAGGGAAAUAGUAACACAAUAAAAUAACAAUAAUGAGGCUAGAGUCCAGUGAGUGUGCAUAGAGCCAGUGCAAAAAAUUAAUUCAUAUACAGUGAGGGAAAAAAGUAUUUGAUCCCCUGCUGAUGUUGUACGUUUGCCCACUAACAAAGACAUGAUCAGUCUAUAAUUUUAAUGGUAGGUUUAUUUGAACAGUGAGAGACAGAAUAACAACAAAAAAAUCCAGAAAAACGCAUGUCAAAAAUGUUAUAAAUUGAUUUGCAUUUUAAUGAGGCAAAUAAGUAUUUGACCUCUCUGCAAAAUAUUACUUAGUACUUGGUGGCAAAACCCUUGUUGGCAAUCACAGAGGUCAGACGUUUCUUGUAGUUGGCCACCAGGUUUGCACACAUCUCAGGAGGGAUUUUGUCCCACUCCUCUUUGCAGAUCUUCUCCAAGUCAUUAAGGUUUCGAGCCUGACGUUUGGCAACUCGAACCUUCAGCUCCCUCCACAGAUUUUCUAUGGGAUUAAGGUCUGGAGACUGGCUAGGCCACUCCAGGACCUUAAUGUGCUUCUUCUUGAGCCACUCCUUUGUUGCCUUGGCCGUGUGUUUUGGGUCAUUGUCAUGCUGGAAUACCCAUCCACGACCCAUUUUCAAUGCCCUGGCUGAGGGAAGGAGGUUCUCACCCAAGAUUUGAUGGUACAUGGCCCCGUCCAUCGUCCCUUUGAUGCGGUGAAGUUGUCCUGUCCCCUUAUCAGAAAAACACCCCCAAAGCAUAAUGUUUCCACCUCCAUGUUUGAUGGUGGGGAUGGUGUUCUUGGGGUCAUAGGCAGCAUUCCUCCUCCUCCAAACACGGCGAGUUGCGUUGAUGCCAAAGAGCUCAAUUUUGGUCUCAUCUGACCACAACACUUUCACCCAGUUCUCCUCUGAAUCAUUCAGAUGUUCAUUGUUAAACUUCAGACGGGCCUGUAAAUGUGCUUUCUUGAGCAGGGGGACCUUGCGGGCGCUGCAGGAUUUCAGUCCUUCACGGCGUUGUGUGUUACCAAUUGUUUUCUUGGUGACUAUGGUCCCAGCUGCCUUGAGAUCAUUGACAAGAUCCUCCCGUGUAGUUCUGGGCUGAUUCCUCACCGUUCUCAUGAUCAUUGCAACUCCACGAGGUGAGAUCUUGCAUGGAGCCCCAGGCAGAGGGAGAUUGACAGUUCUUUUGUGUUUCUUCCAUUUGCGAAUAAUUGCACAAACUGUUGUCACCUUCUGACCAAGCUGCUUGGCGAUGGUCUUGUAACCCAUUCCAGCCUUGUGUAGGUUUACAAUCUUGUCCCUGACAUCCUUGGAGAGCUCUUUGGUCUUGGCCAUGGUGGAGAGUUUGGAAUCUGAUUGAUUGAUUGCUUCUGUGGACAGGUGUCUUUUAUACAGGUAAUAAACUGAGAUUAGGAGCACUCCCUUUAAGAGUGUGCUCCUAAUCUCAGCUCGUUACCUGUAUAAAAGACACCUGGGAGCCAGAAAUCUUUCUGAUUGAGAGGGGUCAAAUACUUAUUUCCCUCAUUUAAAAUGCAAAUCAAUUUAUAAUAUUUUUGACAUGCGUCUUUCUGGAUUUUGUUGUUGUUAUUCUGUCUCUCACUGUUCAAAUAAACCUACCAUUAAAAUUAUAGACUGAUCAUUUCUUUGUCAGUGGGCAAACGUACAAAAUCAGCAGGGGAUCAAAUACUGUUUUCCCUCACUGUAGGGGUCAAUUGAUUAUCUGCUCAGCAGUCUUAUGGCUUGAGGGUAGAAGCUGUUCAUGAGCCUUUUGUCCCAGACUUGGCGCUCCGGUACCGCUUGCCAUGCGGUAGCAGAGAUAAUAGUCUAUGACUUGGGUGGCUGGAGUCUAUGACAAUUUUUAGGGCCUUCCUCUGACACUGCUUGGUAUAGAGGUCCUGGAUGGCAGGGAGGUCGGCUCCAGUGAUUUAUUGGGCCGUACGCACUACCCUGUGUAGCACCUUGCGGUCGGAUGCCAAGCAGUUGCCAUACCAUGCAGUGACGCAGUCAGUCAAGAUGCUCUCAAUGGUGCAGCUGUAAAACCUUUUGAGGAUCUGAGGGCCCAUGACAAAUCUUUUCAGCUUCCUGAGGGGGAAGAAGUGUUGUCGUGCCCUCUUCAUGACUGUGUUGGUGUGUUUGGACCAUGAUAGGUCCUUAGUGAUGUGGACACCGAUGAACUUUAAACUCUCAACCCGCUCCACUACAGCCCUAUUGAUGUGAAUGGGGGCGUGCUCGGCCCUCUGUUUCCUGUAGUCCACGAUCAGCUCCUUUAUCUUGCUGACGUUAAGGGGAGAGGUUGUUGACCUGGCACCACACUGCCUGGUCUCUGACCUCCUCCCUAUAGGUUGUCUCAUCGUCGUCGGUGUUCAGGCCUACCACCGUUGUGUCAUCGGCAAACUUAAUGAUGGUGUUGGAGUUGUGUGCGGCCACGCAGUCAUGGGUGAACGGGGAGUACAGGAGGGUACUAAGCACGCAGUUGUGUCAGUCGCAGGAGGUACAGUCGUUGUUGGAAUUUUUAUUGAUGUUUUGAGUGUUGCCAUUAAAAGCGAGUGUGCUGUCCAUGAUAUUCCCCAGGUACUUGAAACUCCACACUCUCUCUGCCUGUUCAACACCCAGGAAUAGCUGGCUUCCUCUGCCUUCAUCUGGAAAUCAAUGAGCAUUUAUUUUGUUGAUGUUGAGUGUGAGGUUGUUGUUAUGGCACCAGUCAUAAACCCUGUUUACUUCUGUUUGGAAAUGCAUUGUGUCAUCUGAGAGGUCGACAAGGGUGGCGUCGUCUGCGUAUUUCACUGCCAAGCAGUCCCUGUCUGAGCCUUUCAUGUCAUUGGUGUAUAUGGAGACUAGCACUGGAGAGAUUCGUUCUUUGGAACCAGUAGAUGUACACAGAGGAAGGAAUGUUGUGUUGUUGAUCUUGGCAUACUGUCCACUGUUCAGCAGGAAGUCCAGCACCCACAAGGUAAUGCUGGGAUCUACCUGUAGGUGGGAGAGCUUUUCACAGAGAAGGUGAGGCUGCAUGCAGUUGAAAAGCAGAGGAGAAUUCCAGGAAAAGACACACACAUACGAGUGACAGUGGAGAUCCGGUGGGACCAUUCUACCCAAUGAGAGGGCAGAUACACGUGUGAACAACAGGCACAACUAAGUAGUUUUUCUCAAAGUUGCCGGAAUGCCAUGUGCAUCCACUUAUAUCAGUACAUUUGUAACAACCUAAACAUGACGAAACUUCUAUUAGAUCAAAUAAGCCUCAUGUAAUUCGACACUCUCUCAUAGACCCCCAUAUAUAAAAAGGGCUUAUCUCACGCGGACAUAUUUUGGGUGGUGUAAAUAGUUUCGCUUUGCCUCUUCCUCUCUGUCCACGUUGAACACGAUAGGGGCGUUGAAGCCAUUUUCAAUGGAGGAAGCGAAGUGGGCAGGGUGACCAUUGGGCGAUACGAGCAUGGGCGAGUGAACAGGGUGUGCCCUAAGUUGGGGAAAGCGGAACUUUAUGCAAAUACUCAUCGCAGCUUGAUUGACCAAUCGAAGUUCACUAUAGCUUCCAGCCCCUACUGGACUGGCUGUUGAUACCUGCAGUUGAAGUCAGAAGUUUACAUACACCUUAGCCAAAUACAUCUCAGUUUUUCACAAUUCCUGACAUUUAAUCCUAGUAAAAAGUCCCUGUCAUAGGUCAGUUAGGAUCACCACUUUAUUUUAAGAAUGUGAAAUGUCAGAAUAAUAGUAGAGAGUGAUUUAUUUAAGCUUUUAUUACUUUCAUCACAUUCCCAGCGGGUCAAAAGUUUACAUACACUCAAUUAGUAUUUGGUAGCAUUGCCAUUAAAUUGUUUAACUUGGGUCAAACGUUUCAGGUAGCCUUCCACAAACUUCCCACAAUAAGUUGAGUGAAUUUUGGCCCAUUCCUCCUGACAGAGCUGGUGUAACUGAGUCAGGUUUGUAGGCCUUGCUCAUACACGCUUUUUGAGUUCUGCCCACACAUUUUCUAUAGGAUUGAGGUCAGGGCUUUGUGAUGGCCACUCCAAUACCUUGACUUUGUUGUCCUUAAGCCAUUUUGCCACAACUUUGGAAGUAUGCUUGGGGUCAUUGUCCAUUUGGAAGACCCAUUUGCGACCAAGCUUUAACUUCCUGACUGAUGUCUUGAGAUGUUGCUUCAAUAUAUCCACAUAAUUUUCCUUCCUCAUGAUGCCAUCUAUUUUGUGAAGUGCACCAGUCCCUCCUGCAGCAAAGCACCCCCACAGCAUGAUGCUGCCACCCCCGUGCUUCACGGUUGGGAUGGUGUUCUUCAGCUUGCAAGCAUCCCCCUUUUUCCUCCAAACAUAACAAUGGUCAUUAUGGCAAAACAGUUAUAUUUUUGUUUCAUCAGAACAGAGGACAUUUCUCCAAAAAGUACGAUCUUUGUCCCCAUGUGCAGUUGCAAACCGUAGUCUGGCUUUUUUAUGGCUGUUUUGGAGCAGUUGCUUCUUCCUUGCUGAGUGGCCUUUCAGGUUACAGUGGGGGAAAAAAGUAUUUAGUCAGCCACCAAUUGUUCAAGUUCUCCCACUUAAAAAGAUGAGAGCGGCCUGUAAUUUUCAUCAUAGAUACACGUCAACUAUGACAGACAAAAGGAGGAAAAAAAAUCCAGAAAAUCACAUUGUAGGAUUUUUAAUGAAUUUAUUUGCAAAUUAUGGUGGAAAAUAAGUAUUUGGUCAAUAACAAAAGUUUCUCAAUACUUUGUUAUAUACCCUUUGUUGGCAAUGACACAGGUCAAACGUUUUCUGUAAGGCUUCACAAGGUUUUCACACACUGUUGCUGGUAUUUUGGCCCAUUCCUCCAUGCAGAUCUCCUCUAGAGCAGUGAUGUUUUGGGGCUGUCGCUGGGCAACACGGACUUUCAACUCCCUCCAAAGAUUUUCUAUGGGGUUGAGAUCUGGAGACUGGCUAGGCCACUCCAGGACCUUGAAAUGCUUCUUACGAAGGCACUCCUUCGUUGCCCGGCAGUGUGUUUGGGAUCAUUGUCAUGCUGAAAGACCCAGCCACGUUUCAUCUUCAAUGCCCUUGCUGAUGGAAGGAGGUUUUCACUCAAAAUCUCACGAUACAUGGCCCCAUUCAUUCUUUCCUUUACACGGAUCAGUCGUCCUGGUCCCUUUGCAGAAAAACUGCCCCAAAGCAUGAUGUUUCCACCCCCAUGCUUCACAGUAGGUAUGGUGUUCUUUGGAUGCAACUCAGCAUUCUUUGUCCUCCAAACAUGACGAGUUGAAACUUUACCAAAAAGUUCUAUUUUGGUUUCAUCUGACCAUAUGACAUUCUCCCAAUCCUCUUCUGGAUCAUCCAAAUGCACUCUAGCAAACUUCAGAUGGGCCUGGACAUGUACUGGCUUAAGCAGGGGGACACAUCUGGCACUGCAGGAUUUGAGUCCCUGGCGGCGUAGUGUUUGCUCCCACAGUUGAUUUCUUCAAACCAAGCUGUUUACCUAUUGCAGAUUCAGUCUUCCCAGCCUGGUGCAGGUCUACAAUUUUGUUUCUGGUGUCCUUUGACAGCUCUUUGGUCUUGGCCAUAGUGGAGUUUGGAGUGUGACUGUUUGAGGUUGUGGACAGGUGUCUUUUAUACUGAUAACAAGUUCAAACAGGUGCCAUUAAUACAGGUAACGAGUGGAGGACAGAGGAGCCUCUUAAAGAAGAAGUUACAGGUCUGUGAGAGCCAGAAAUCUUGCUUGUUUGUAGGUGACCAAAUACUUAUUUUCCACCAUAAUUUGCAAAUAAAUUCAUUAAAAAUCCUACAAUGUGAUUUUCUGGAUUUUUUUUCCUCAAUUUGUCUGUCAUAGUUGACUUGUACCUAAGAUGAAAAUUACAGGCCUCUCUCAUCUUUUUAAGUGGGAGAACUUGCACAAUUGGUGGCUGACUAAAUACUUUUUUCCCCCCACUGUAUGUCGAUAUAGGACUUGUUUUACUGUGGAUAUAGAUAUUUUUGUACCUGUUUCCUCCAGCAUCUUCACAAGGUACUUUGCUGUUGUUCUGGGAUUGAUUUGUACUUUUCUCACCAAAGUACGUUAAUCUCUAGUAGACAGAACUCGUCUCCUUCCUGAGCGGUAUGACGGCUGCGUGGUCCCAUGAUGUUUAUACUUGUGUACUCUUGUUUGUACAGAUGAACGUGGUACCUUCAGGCGUUUGGAAAUUGCUCCUAAGAAUGAACCAGACUUGUGGAGGUGUACACAUUUUUUUCUGAGGCCUUGGCUGAUUUCUUUUGAUUUUCCCAUGAUGUCAAGCAAAGGUAGGCCUUGGAAUACAUCCACAGGUACACCUCCAAUUGACUCAAAUGAUGUCAAUUAGCCUAUCAGAAGCUUCUAAAGCCAUGACAUCAUUUUCUGGAAUUUUCCAAGCUGUUUAAAGGCACAGUCAACUUAGUGUAUGUAAACUUCUGACCAACUGGAAUUGUGAUACAGUGAAUUAUAAGUGAAAUAAUCUGUCUGUAAACAAUUUUUGGGAAAAUUACUUGUGUCAUGCACAAAGUAGAUGUCCAAACCGACUUGCCAAAACUAUAGUUUGUUAUCAAGAAAUUGGUGGAGUGGUUGAAAAACAAGUUUUAAUGACUCCAACCUAAGUGUAUGUAAACUUCCGACUUCAACUGUAGCAGUACAUAGCUAGCGUGGCUAUCCGUAUAGUGAAUCACGGCAAUUUGUCACGGUGCUGUGCCACACCGUCAGGACUGCAUCUUCCCCUGAUCUGUUCUUCAAAUCAAAUGUUAUUUGCCACAUGCGCCGAACACAACAGGUGUAGACCUUACAGUGAAAUGCUUACUUACAAGCCCUUAACCAACAAUGCAGUUUUUAAGAAAAAAAAAAAAGUGUUAAGUAGAAAAUAGCAAAUAACUAAAGAGCAGCAGUAAAAUAAAAUAACAGUAGGGAGACUAUAUACAGGGGGGUACCGGUACAGAUUCAAUGUGCGGGGACACUGGUUAGUCGAGGUAAUUUAGGUAAUAUGUACAUAUGGGUAGAGUUAAAGUGACUAUGCAUAAAUAAUAAACAGAGUAGCACCAGCGUAAAAGAGGGGGGUGGAGUGGGGGGUCAAUGCAAAUAGUCCGGGUAGCCAUGAUUAGCUGUUCAGGAGUCUUAUGGCUUGGGGGUAGAAGCUGUUAAGAAGCCUUUUGGACCUAGACUUGGCGCGCCGGUCCCGCUUGCCGUGCGGUAGCAGAGAGAACAGUCUAUGACUAGGGUGGCUGGAGUCGUUGACAAUUUUUAGGGCCUUCCUCUGACACCGCCUGGUAUAGAGGUCCUGGAUGGCAGGAAGCUUGGCCCCAGUGAUGUACUGGGCCGUACGCACUACCCUCUGUAGUGCCUUGUGGUCGGAGGCCGAGCAGUUGCCAUACCAGGCGGUGAUGCAACCAGUCAGGAUGCUCUCGAUGGUGCCGCUGUAUAACUUUUUGAGGAUCUGAGGACCCAUGCCAAAUCUUUUCAGUCUUUUCAGAGGCUUUCUCGUGCCCUCUUCACGACUGUCUUUGUGUGUUUGGACCAUGUAGUGGAACAGCUCUCAACCUGUUCCACUAUCCUGGCACCACACGGCCAGGUCUCUGACCUCCUCCCUAUAGGCUGUCUCAUCGUUGUUGGUGAUUAGGCCUACCACUGUUGUGUUGUCGGCAAACUUAAUGAUGUUGUUGGAGUCGUGGGUGAACAGGGAGUACAGGAGGGGACUGAGCACGCACCCCUGAGGGGCUCCCGUGUUGACGAUCAGCGUGGCAGAUGUGUUGUUACCUACCCUUACCACCUGGGCGCGGCCCAUCAGGAAGUCCAGGAUCCAGUUGCAGAGGAAGGUGUUUAGUCCCAGGGUCCUUAGCUUAGUGAUGAGCUUUGAGGGCACUAUGGUGUUGAAUGCUGAGGUGUAGUCAAUGAAUAGCAUUCUCACAUAGGUGUUCCUCUUGUCCAGGGCAGUGUGGAGUGCAAUAGAGAUUGCAUCAUCUGUGGAUCUGUUGGGGCGAUAUGCAAAUUGGAAUGGGUCUAGGGUUUCUGAGAGAAUGGUGUUGAUGUGAGCUAUGAUCAAAGCACUUAAUGGCUACAGACGUGAGUGCUACAGGUCGGUAGUCAUUUAGGCAUGUUAUCUUACUGUUCUUGUGCACAGGGACUAUGGUGGUCUGCUUGAAACAUGUUGGUAUUACAGACUCAGUCAGGGACAUGUUGAAAAUGUCAGUGAAGACACUUGCCAGUUGGUCAGCGCAUGCUCAGAGUACACGUCCUGGUAAUCUGAAUGUUGACCUGCUUAAAAGUCUUACUCACAUCGGCUACGGAGAGCGUGAUCACAUAGUCAUCCGGAACAGCUGAUGCGCUCAUUCAUGCUUCAGUGUUGCUUGCCUCAAAGUGAGCAUAGAAGUGAUUUAGCUCGUCUGGUAGGCUUGUGUCACUGGGCAGCUCGCGGCUGUGCUUCCCUUUGUAGUCUGUAAUAGUUUUGAAGCCCUGCCACAUCCGACGAGCGUCAGAGCCGGUGUAGUACGAUUCAGUCUUAGUCCUACAUUAACUCUUUGCCUGUUUGAUGGUUCGUCGGAGGUCAUAGCGGGAUUUCUUAUAAGCGUCCGGGUUAGAGUCCCGCUCCUUAAAGCGGCAGCUCUACCCUUUAGCUCAGUGCGGAUGUUGCCUGUAAUCCAUGGCUUCUGGUUGGAGUAUGUACGUACGGUCACUGUGGGGAUGACGUCAUAUAUGCACUUGUUGAUGAAGCCAGUGACUGAUGUGGUGUACUCCUCAAAGCUAUCGGAAGAAUCCCGGAACAUAUUCCAGUCUGUGCUAGCAAAACAGUCCUGUAGCUUAGCAUCUGCGUCAUCUGACCACUUCCUUAUUAACUGAGUCACUGGUGCUUCCUGCUUUAGUUUUUGCUUAUAAGCAGGAAUCAGGAGGAUAGAGUUAUGGUCAGAUUUGCCAAAUGGAGGGCGAGGGAGAGCUUUGUAUACAUCUCUGUGUGUGGAGUAACGGUGGUGAAGUUAUUUUUUUUUUUUUUCUCUGGUUGCACAUUUAACAUGCUGGUAAAAAUUAGGUAGAACGGUUUUAAGUUUCCCUGCAUUAAAGUCCCCGUCCACUAGGAGUGCUGCCUCUGGAUGAGCGUUUUCCUGUUUGCUUAUGGCCUUAUACAGCUCAUUGAGUGCAAUCUUAGUGCCAGCAUGUUUGUAAAUAGACAGCUAUGAAAAAUAUAGAUGAAAACUCUCUUGGUAAAUAGUGUGGUCUACAGCUUAUCAUGAGAUACUCUACCUCAGGCGAGCAAAACCUCGAGACUUCCUUAAUAUUUUAUAUUAAUAUUAGAUUUUAUGCACCAGCUGUUGUUUACAAAUAUACACAGACCGCCAACCCUUGUCUUACCGGAGUCAGCCGUUCUAUCCUGCCGAUGUAGCGUAUAUCCCAUCCAGCUGUAUGUUAUCCAUGCCGUCGUUCAGCCACUACUCUGUGAAACAUAAGAUAUUACAGUUUUUAAUGUCCCAUAAUCUUAGGCCGUCCAAUUUAUUUUCAAAUGAUUGAACAUUGGCUAAUAGGAUUGAUGGAAGAGGCAGUUUACUCGCUCGCCGUCGGAUCCUUACAAGGCACUCCGACCUACGUCCACGAUAUCUCCGUCUCUUUCUCAUGCGAAUGACGGGGAUUUGGGCCUUGUUGGGUGUCUGUAGAAUAUCCUUCGCGUCCGACUCGUUGAAGAAAAAACUUUGUCCAAUACGAGGUGAGUAAUCGCUGUCCUGAUAUCCAGAAGCUCUUUUUGGUCAUAAGAGACGGUGGCAGAAACAUUAUUACAUUUACAUUUUAGUAAUUUAGCAGACGCUCUUAUCCAGAGCGACUUACAGUUAGUGAAUACAUAUUUUUUUAUACUGGCCCCCCGUGGGAAUCGAACUCACAACCCUGGCGUUGCAAACGCCAUGCUCUAUCAACUGAGCUACAUCCCUGCCGGCCAUUCCCUUCCCUACCCUGGACGACGCUGGGCCAAUUGUGCGCCGCCCAUGAGUCUCCCAGUCGCGGCCGGCUGCGACAGAGCCUGGAUUCGAACCAGGAUCUCUAGUGGCACAGUUAGCACUGCGAUGCAGUGCCUUAGACCACUGCGCCACUCAGGAGUACAAUUAUGUACAGACUAUAUUACAAAUAACGCGAAAAACGCACAUAAUAGUACAAUUGGUUAGAGGGCUGUAAAACGGCAGCCAUCUUCUCCGGCGCCAUUCCUUCCUGUAUACAAACUGCGUUGGGUCAAGGGCUCCAUCCACAUGUGACCUGAGACGUGUUGGCAUCAAGCUCUCAAGGCACUUCACAACGACUGACAUUAAUGAUACAAUAUACUUUAUUGUCCAUUUACAUGGAAAUUCAUUUAGUGACAUCAGCAUACAAAUACAAAAAACACAACACAAUAUAUUACAUGCAGUACGGAAAAGUUAUGAUACACAUUUACAUUUUCACAUAUUCAAAGUCUCUGCUGCAUCUGUCCUAUGACCCACUGCCCCAGGGCGGUAUUCUGCUGGGUUGUUCUUCUUUGGAACUGGUCAGAUCUCAGAGGUCUUCCAGAGUGAGGGAACCAUGUGUUCUGAGAGGGAGUUGUUAAAGUGGAACUGGCAGCAUUUUAGCAACAUAAAAUCUUAUUAAAAUCUGUUUAUAUACACUCCCACGAAGAAUAUGACACUUAAAAAAAAAAAACAGGCGAGCACUUGGAUAUGGUCAUUUUCAAAUUUUUAAUAAAAUUCUUAGAAUGAUGGAGAAUUACGUACAGUGGGGAAAAAAGUAUUUAGUCAGCCACCAAUUGUGCAAGUUCUCCCACUUAAAAAGAUGAGAGAGGCCUGUAAUGUUCAUCAUAGGUACACGUCAACUAUGACAGACAAAAUGAGGAAAAAAAUUCCAGAAAAUCACAGUGUAGGAUUUUUUAUGAAUUUAUUUGCAAAUUAUGGUAGAAAAUAAGUAUUUGGUCAAGAACAAAAGUUUCUCAAUACUUUGUUAUAUACCCUUUGUUGGCAAUGACACAGGUCAAACGUUUUCUGUAAGUCUUCACAAGGUUUUCACACACUGUUGCUGGUAUUUUGGCCCAUUCCUCCAUGCAGAUCUCCUCUAGAGCAGUGAUGUUUUGGGGCUGUCGCAGGGCAACAUGGACAUUCAACUCCCUCCAAAGAUUUUCUAUGGGGUUGAGAUCUGGAGACUGGCUAGGCCACUCCAGGACCUUGAAAUGCUUCUUACGAAGCCACUCCUUCGUUGCCCGGGCGGGGUGUUUGGGAUCAUUGUCAUGCUGAAAGACCCAGCCACGUUUCAUCUUCAAUGCCCUUGCUGAUGGAAGGAGGUUUUCACUCAAAAUCUCACGAUACAUGGCCCCAUUCAUUCUUUCCUUUACACGGAUCAGUCGUCCUGGUCCCUUUGCAGAAAAACAGCCCCAAAGCAUGAUGUUUCCACCCCCAUGCUUCACAGUAGGUAUGGUGUUCUUUGGAUGCAACUCAGCAUUCUUUGUCCUCCAAACACGACGAGUUGAGUUUUUACCAAAAAGUUAUAUUUUGGUUUCAUCUGACCAUAUGACAUUCUCCCAUUCCUCUUCUGGAUCAUCCAAAUGCACUCUAGCAAACUUCAGAUGGGCCUGGACAUGUACUGGCUUAAGCAGGGGGACACAUCUAGCACUGCAGGAUUUGAGUCCCUGGCGGCGUAGUGUGUUUACUGAUGGUAGGCUUUGUUACUUUGGUCCCAGCUCUCUGCAGGUCAUUCACUAGGUCCCCCCGUGUGGUUCUGGGAUUUUUGCUCACCAUUCUUGUGAUAAUUUUGACCCCACGGGGUGAGAUCUUGCGUGGAGCCCCAGAUCGAGGGAGAUUAUCAGUGGUCUUGUAUGUCUUCCAUUUCCUAAUAAUUGCUCCCACAGUUGAUUUCUUCUUACCAAGCUAUUGCAGAUUCAGUCUUCCCAGCCUGGUGCAGGUCUAUAAUUUUGUUUCUGGUGUUCUUUGACAGCUCUUUGGUCUUGGCCAUAGUGGAGUUUGGAGUGUGACUGUUUGAGGUUGUGGACAGGUGUCUUUUAUACUGAUAACAAGUUCAAACAGGUGCCAUUAAUACAGGUAACGAGUGGAGGACAGAGGAGCCUCUUAAAGAAGAAGUUACAGGUCUGUGAGAGCCAGAAAUCUUGCUUGUUUGUAGGUGUCCUAAUACUUAUUUUCCACCAUAUUUUGCAAAUAAAUUCAUUAAAAAUCCCUACAAUGUGAUUUUCUGGAAUUUUUUUACAGGCCUCUCAUCUUUUUUAAGUGGGAGAACUUGCACAAUUGGUGGCUGACUAAAUACUUUUUUCCCCCACUGUAUACUAAGGCAUUUGUGAAAAUUCUAUAGGGACAUAGUGGGAAAGUGGCUGUGCGUUUGGACAAUUAAUAGACACUGCAGUAAAUAAAAAUAUCUGUCUUGUCCAGGACCUGAGUCUAGGCAGACCGGUCCGCCAUAGCCAAUCAGAGGUACAGUAGGCCUAUAUGCAAACAAGCCAUUUGCCACAAGGGCCAUCAUUCACUUUGAAUUGGACUGUGUGUUUACAGGCAGUUGUAAAAGCGCGACUUUCGAUCAUUAGAACGCAUUCGGCAAAAUCCACUUGAAUGGAUUUCCUCAAAUAUGUAAAUAGCACGGGAGUCCGCUUACAUUUGGGAACUUUACAGUCCUAUUAAUCAAACAACCAUAAAAAGGUAGGCUAUCUUUCUCUGUAUGCACAUCAACAACAAGAUCAACAACUAAUGCUAGCCAGAGCAAGAUGAGCUAAAAUCUACCAAAGGAACAUUAGAUAAACCCUCUGAAACUUUUCAGCUAGUUGGCCGUCAAAAUUGCACUGAUAAACUAUGGGGAAUAGCCUGCUCGUCCUUCUGCAGCUUGCCUGCCAAUGCAUGCCGUUGUCCCAACCAAGCACCCAAGCUAACUGGCUAAAGUUGGCUAGCUUGCUACCUAGCUACUUUCAGACACAAAUGAGAGAAUACCUCACUGACCAUUUUACUCACCCUAGCACUGAAAUCGAAAGUAGAUAGCUAGCCAGAGUGAAUUUGCAAAUGCAAGAGAUAUGCUAACUGGAUAACAGUCGUUCAGCAUAGCUAGCUAGCAAAGCGAUUCACAUUUCUUGCUAGCUAACCAAAUGACAAGUGCUUCUCUAGCUGUGUAGCCACCGAAAAACGAUACGAGGGGGAAAAGUCAGUCACUCACCCACUCCUCCAAUGACAUGAUGUCCUCUAGCCAACGUUAGGCUCUGUGUUUUUAGCUUGCUAUAUAAAUAAUACGCUAGCAUAUUAGCCACGUUAUGACUGACUUGUGAUCAUUACCCUUUCUAGAUUGAUUGUAUUGACAUUCCCAGCAUUAGUUACAUUCGUCCAUUUAUGUUCAAAAUAUUGAGUAAUUGAAACUGAAACAGUGCAUCCCGAAUGGAGGCAGCAAACAAUGUACCAGGCCAGCUGUGAUUUACAACCUGAUAGCAAUUUGUUUUGGACUACCAAGAAAUGUAUUGGUGAAUUAUAUUAAUCAUGCAUUGAGCUGCAUCCAUCUAUUCUGCCAACAAUGCCUUAGUGUACGUCAUGGAAUGUUGAGUCAAAUAUAACAAAAAAAUGUUUUAAACCUCUUAUAAAGGUUAUUUUUAAUAAACUGGGAAUUUGAUAUUUUUGACUGAUAUUAUGAUUGUCUGUUUUCAUAUCUGCAAAGUACUUAAAACACUGUCAGUUCCACUUUAAGGAGAGUGCAAAAGUUGUCUGGCAGUUCAUCUGAGCAUUCCUUCAGUAGCCGUCCCUUGGUUUCCACGUUCUUUUUGUAGUUGUCUUUAGCCUGGGCUAUUUGUUGUUUUAUGGUCCCCUGCAGUUUUCACUUCCCUUUGGUUGCCGGCAGAAAGGGCUGUCUGUUUCAGCUCUGCAGUAAUCCAAGGCUUGUUAUUUGGAUAGCAUUUCACCGUCUUUGUGGGGAUUAACAUGCCCUCACAGAAAUGGAUGUAUGCAGUCACUGCUGAUACUGACUCGUUCAUGGUCUGGUCCAUUGUAAAAAUUUCCCAGUUUGUACAGGAAAAUUUGUGCAGGCUGUCUGUCGUUUCCUCUGACCAUCCAUAUCUGAACUACCCUUUCCUAUGCUUUUCCUGCUCCAAUUUCUGUUUGUAUUUUGUUAGUACUGGAGGCUUCUGCAGUGACUUAUAUGCCCUGUUAAUAUUACCAUAACACAAGUCCUAAUUUCCUAUCUCCCCUUGUGCUACAAAUAACAUAUUGUUCAUAGUUUUGUAGGCCAGUGUGAAGUGAGCAGGAGUUAAAAUCACAAGAGUAUGAUUUUAGGUGCUUCAAGGGACAAAUUGGUAGGUGAUGUGAGCAGCAAUUGUAGUAGUAUGCUGUGGGUGGUACAUAAACAGCUGUGAUAAACACUGAAAUGGCGCAAUGAGAUGCAUAACAUUUCAACAUCUUUUGCUCUUGAUGUUUAUGGAAGAACACCAGAAUUUGUUUAUGUAGAAACACACCCCUCCUCCGGUGAUUGCCAGGUCGCGAUCUGCGUGAAUGGGACCAUAAAAUCCAUUCAAUUUCAGCACAUCAUUAGAAAUCUCAUCAGCUAACCAAGUCUCUGUAAAACAGAGAAUGAAAUCAUCUCUAUAUUCACUCAGAAAGCAGGCAUUGGCGAGAUCAUUAAGAAACUAAACUGACACACACACAGCUAUGUCUUACUAUACUUGACUUUUUGGGGACCAACAAUUGAUUCCCAUUCAAAAUCCUAUUUUCCCUAACCCCUAAACAUUACCCUAAACUAAACCACUAACCCAAAAUCAAACCUAACCUCUAAGCCUAAAAUAGCCUUUUUACAAGUGGGGAACGGCAAAAUGUGCUCAUUUCUCUGGAUUUUAGUUGGUUUACUAUUCUUGUGAGGACUUAUGGUACUCACAAGUAUAGUAAAACGUGUACACACACACAAACCAACAUAGGGCUACAUUGCUUAUACCCUAUAUGAAAUCCUCUCGCAUCUAAACAAGUGCCUAGGCGGAUGGGGUUGUUUCUGGACAGGGCCUAUACCUUUAUCUGUCCACUGCUUGUGUUAAAAUGAGAGAGUAAUGUUCCUGUGUUGCUGUCUGCAGCUUUACAGUGUUGACCUGCUGGAAGAAUGUUACACCUGGAGGAGAGUGACAGACGCCCGGGGAAACACCCCCUCACCCAGAGACAAACACUCCUGUUGGGUAAACCGAGACAGGUACACACACACACACAUCAUAUGUUUUACUAUGCUUUAAAUAGAUUUCCAUUCAAAACGUAACCCCUAACCCUAACUCCUUACCCUAAACCUCUAACCCUAAUUGUAACCCUAACCACUAAGCUUAAAAUAGACUUUUUACUCGUUGAAAUAAAUUUUCCUUGUAUUACUAUCAUUGUGGGGAUUUCCGGUACCCACAAGGAUAGUAAUACACACACACACACACACACACACACACAAAGACCAACAUGGUUACAGAACUUUGUCAGUGGGCUAUCUCUGCAAGCACUAAAGUAAUGUACACACACACACACACACACAAUGCACUGCAGGAAGCCAUAGCUACCAUUCAUGUGUGCAAUAAAAUAAAUAUGUAUGUAGGGUUGCAAAGGGAAGGUAUAUUACUGUAAACUUUUGAAGUUUACCAUAAACUUCCAGAAUUUUGUUAAUUUCUAAGGAUUUUAUGGAAUUUUCAUCACAUGACAUCUAGUGGCCUUUUUGGGUACUUCAGAUUAUCAAAGGUGUCUGUAAAUAUCUCUGGCCCUCUUUGUGGCCUUAUCUGUCCCACUAUUGUUUGUGGAGAUGCUCUGAUGAUGGUUGACUGGCCGAAAGCAUUUCCUCUAUAAAACAUAUAAAAAAAAAAAAUUGCAUCUGACUUUUUCCUGUUUCUCCAGUUUUGCAUUUUCCUCACUAAUCCGUUUUGGGUAUGCGGUAGAUUCUGCCCAGAUGGAAUUUUCAUCACAUGUAAAAUAUAUACAAUUAUAUGUAUGAAAAAUGUAUGCACUCACUAACUGUAAGUCGCUCUGGAUAAGAGCGUCUGCUAAAUUACUAAAAAUGUAAAUAUGAUUUUACAAUAAAAAAUAGAAUGAUAAAGCUGUAAAACAUUAUCCUCACUAUAACCCAUCAACUUAGUGAAUACCAUUGGUGUUUAAUAUGAGUGUUUCAGCAUAAAAUAUCUUAUUUUUACACACUUAUUUUACUAUGUCAAUAUAUCUUUGCUGUAAAUGUUUUGGUGCCAAACUGAUGGCAGUUGUGAAAAAAGUCAAUAGUUGGAAGAGUUGCAAAGUUAAUUGAAAAUAAUGACAUUGUUGAUUGAUGCUUUUUUUCAUUACUUAGGCAAUUUUCUCUUGAACCAUAUGGUCUAUCCACUAGAAACUCAUGGACACAAAUAUAAAAAAAAAGUAAUACUUUAUAUUAAUAUUUUGUUUGAUUGUUAUUCAAACACUUUAUUUUUUUUAUUAUUCAAGUAUAAAUGACCAUAUAUUGCCAUAGAUUACCCGUUAAUGACCAAAAAUUCUGAUUUACUUUGGUAAAUUACCAGUAGUUUUGCAACCCUAUAUUUAUGACAUUGAUCACUAUCCAGACUGGUUAGGCCUAGAAAUGUGACAACAAUGCAGGUGAAGAGGAUAUUUUAAAGUCUUCAUCGCCACACACCCAUUGUUGCAAGCAGUAAGGCUAGCGCCACAAUAAAAGGUGCUCUUGAGGCAUUAGCCAAACAUUCACACCUUUAUAGUUGACAAUGUCUAUUAACUGCCUAUUCAGAUUCACUCAGUAGGAAUCAGCUAUUUUACCUGCUAAUUUACCUACUUAUUACAUCUCAAUGGGAGGAAAAUAGCCAUUAGUAGUAAGGACCUAGAUUCAAGUGAUGGGUGUAUUGUGAACAAACAAAACAAUGCAAACAUUAUGUGAGUGUACACUGUGUGUUCACUGUUUUCACUUUGCUUGCAAUAUAUAUUCCCACGGGGGGCCAGUAUGAAAAAUUAAUUAUGUAUGCACUCACUAACUGGAUAAGAGCGUCUGCUAAAUGACUAAAAUGUAAAUAUGUGAGAGGGUUACUUUAGAUUAAUUCAUUAAUCAAUAGAUACAUGUGUAGAGCAGUAAGCAGCUGGAUGUGGUAAUGAUGGUGCCAUUACUGAUCCUUUGUGUUAUUGUUCUAUAGGCUCAUCUACUUUGGAGGGUAUGGAUGUAAAACCAUAAGAGAGGUCAACAACUCAAGGAACUUCACAGUCGAUGAAUCAUCCUGGGUAAAUAAACAAUAAAUAAACAAACAAUAUAAAUAUACAAGAAAUACACAACAUUUUCUACAGUUGUCUUAAUUUAUUUUGACAUUGAUACUGGAAUAUGUUUAUGUGAAUGUUUAUGGCAUAUGUUUAUGUUUUACUUGGGUGUUAUAACUCCUCAGGCAACGAUUGGGACGGCAUUCUUUAGGUUCUGGGGCUGGAACAGCGAAGUCAACGUUUUUGACACACACACUGCGACGUGGAAGGAACCUGAAACCCAUGUGAGUGUGUGUGUGUGGUACUACUAUAUUCAUGCGAAUCAAAUGAAAGGUCUUAUUAUUUUUACCAUAUCGCUAAUCAUGAUUUAAGUAUGAUUUUUUUUACUACAUGUCAUAGUAGCGAUUUACAUUGUAUAAGGGUCACUAACCCCAUCUUCCAUCACUAUGUAGCAACUAUCUUGUCACUUGUCUUCUGUUGUUGACACAUUGAUAAAACUCUUGAUGACACGUUCCCUCUUGGCUUCCUUCCGUAGGGUCAGACCCCGGCUCCUAGAGCCUCCCACACCGGCGCCACCCUGGGGGACAAAGGUUACAUCUGCGGAGGUCUGGUGAGUGGACCACCAUUAGAUUCCUGCUGUUUAUGGGUGGACUACAACAUCUCUUUGAACUUGGAUCUGCCAUCUUGAAAUCAACUCUGGUCCUUGUCUGCCUGAUUUGCUUUGAACAUCUUUAUAUCAGUGGUUGCCAACUGUAUUGACCUAUCAGGAGAAGAGAAAAGAAGCUGAUAAUGUGGCAUCUUGUGAGGAGGAUUGAGACUAGGAUUUGCUGAUGUUGACUGACUUAUAUCCCUGUGAUUUCAAAACAUUUCAUAUUUGUUUGAUUCGUGACAGGAGGACACAGCUUUGGACAUCCACUGUCUGGAUCUGGACACCUGGAUAUGGACACGGAUGUAAGCUCACUUACUCUCUAUAUACAGUAUGUGACAGACUGGGUUUGAACCUGGGUCUCUAGCGUGCCACAAGACUGUGUUAGAUCUAAUAUGUUUACACAACCUACAACACCACGGGCUCGUCUCUGUAACAACUUUUGACCUUGUUAGCAUGUGUUAAGUGUGUGUGUGUGUGUGUGUGUGUAAAACAUUCUGCAUUCCUCCAGUGACCUCCCCUCGUCUUUGGUGCCUGUGGGGCGUUCCAUGCACACCCUGACCCCAGUGUCUGACCACACCCUCUUCCUGUUUGGUGGGCUGAGUAUCACCGGUGAUUCUUUAAGUAAGUCCGAAGCUAGCCUGGAUAAAUCAGAUCGAGCGCUACGGUCACUUUUGUUUACCAGGCUAGUUGUCUAAAAAAAAGUGUUACUUAAUUGAAUCAACAAUUAGAUACAUUCAUUUUGUUUUUGAAAAUGUUUAAUGUUAUUUUUGUAAUCAAACCCUAAUGCAUUGUUAUGGGUGUAAUAAGGAUUCAUAACACCCCAUGGGUCCUUAUAGCACUUACGCCUUUCUAAAAUCCUAAAGUGCUUUUGUAAUCGCUCGUGGACAGUCAUGUAACAUAACUGGUAUUUUAGCAUCUGUCAACAGACUGUGGGAUGCGACGACUAACGAGGAACUUUGUUCCACUGCGCAGAUUUAUCACCACCGAUCAUUUGGAAAAAUCACAAUUUCGCAGGUGUUCGCAUCUUUUGAAUUUAGGAAGGGGAUGGGACAAUUGGCCCAUAGACUAGGCCGUGACUUGCAAAAAGAGGGGGGUGGAGCUACCACCUUGCUUCCGACCCACAUUCUAGUGUCUUUUCUAACAUGUCUGCACUCAGAACUUAAUCGAGCCUCUGACGCGUUACACAAGAUUUUAGUUCUGGGUUUCCGAGAUUAGUGCUUAUGUUAAGCAUUACAUAUAUUGAAGGUGUUUUGUAAAAAAUCUUAUACAUAUUCUUCCAUAUCUUUCCUUUAGGUGACGGAUGGGAGUUUGACACUCAGACAAAGACAUGGAGAGAGAUGGAUCACCUACACCACGACAAGCCCAGGUAGGGGAUGGCCAUCAAAAGCCACUGUGUGCAUAUUCUCACUGACAUUAGCCUAAUUUCCAGUAUCAGGACAUUUAUACAUUUACAUUUUAGUCAUUUAGCAGACGCUCUUAUCCAGAGCGACUUAGUUAGUGAGUGCAUACAUUAUUUUUUAUUUUAUUUUUCAUACUGGCCCCCCGUGGGAAUAGAACCCACAACCCUGGCGUUGCAAACGCCAUGCUCUACCAACUGAGCUACAUCCCUGCCGGCCAUUCCCUCCCCUACCCUGGACGACGCUGGGCAAAUUGUGCGCCGCCCCAUGGGUCUCCCGGUCGCGGCCGGCUACGACAGUGGCACAGCUAGCACUGCGAUGCAGUGCCUUAGACCACUGCGCCACUCGAGGACCAGUGGUUAUUAGCACCAGAGACGUUUUAAACCGAGAGACUCAACAAGCGAUACCUUCCUGUAAUGAUUACGAUGUUCCUGUGUUUUUUUAUUUCUUUAUUCGUUAGGUGCCACCAAUUAGUGAGCAGAUAUUUAUUUUAUUCAAAAAUACAACCAAAUAAUUGCAGCAUUACCGCAAAAAUGGAAGAGGAAAGUGGAAGGGGGAAAAAGUAAGGAACUUGUCUGUCGGCCCUGCAAUAAAGACCAUAAUUGGUUAAAGAACAUUGUGAUUAAUAAAAAAGUAUACCAGUUUAAUUUAAGGACCAAAGGAUUGACAAAAUAGUUGGGAAGAGAUUUAUGACGUACCAAUAGAAUGUUAUUUAUAUAGAGGAUACAAUCUUCCCAGCUCUGCAGAUUUUGCUGCGAAGAAACAGAAUCAUUAGAUCAUUUGUUUUGGUACUGUCCGUUUUGUAGCUUGUUUUUGGUCACAGGUCCAGGAAUGGCUGAAGAAUUGUAAUAUUUACCUGGAGCUAACCCUGCAGAUAGCACUACUGGGUGAUCUGAAAAGUCAGUCAAUCGAUCAAUAAUAUAAUAAUACUUUUAGCAAAAAUUUGUAUUUUCAAUUUCCAAUCAGUAAAAACAAUGAGAAUAGAAGAGUUCAGAACUUUUGUGAAACAUCACAGUACAGUUGAGAAAUAUAUGGCAAGUAGAAAUCCAACAUGGAUGGUGUUAGGAGAUAGAUGGGAGGGGUUAAAUGGAGCUGAAGAUUGGGACUAAUAGCAACAAAAUAACUAAUGUAAAACAUACUGUGUCCAUAAUAAGUAUAUACAGUUGAAGUCGGAAGUUUACAUACACUUAGGUUGGAGUAAUAAAAACUUGUUUUUUUCAACCACUCCACAAAUUUCUUGUUAAAAAACUAUAGUUUUGGCAAGUCGGUUAGGACAUCUACUUUGUGCAUGACACAAGUAAUUUUUCCAACAAUUCUUUACAGACAGAUUAUUUCACUUAUAAUUCACUGUAUCACAAUUCCAGUGGGUCAGAAGUUUACAUACACUAAGUUGACUGUGGCUUUAAACAGCUUGGAAAAUUCCAGAAAAUGAUGUCAUGGCUUUAGAAGCUUCUCAUAGGCUAAUUGACAUCAUUUGAGUAAAUUGGAGGUGUACCUGUGGAUGUAUUUCAAGGCCUACCUUCAAACUCAGUGUCUCUUUGCUUGACAUCAUGGGAAAAUCAAAAGAAAUCAGCCAAAACCCAAGAAAAAAAAUGGUAGACCUCCACAAGUCUGGUUCAUCCUUGGGAGCAAUUUCCAAACGCCUGAAGGUACCACGUUCAUCUGUACAAACAAUAGUAUGCAAGUAUAAACACCAUGGGACCACGCAGCCGUCAUACCGCUCAGGAAGGAGACGCGUUCUGUCUGCUAGAGAUGAACAUACUUUGGUGCGAAAACUGCAAAUCAAUCCCAGAACAACAGCAAAGGACCUUGUGAAGAUGCUGGAGAAAACAGGUACAAAAGUAUCUAUAUCCACAGUAAAACGAGUCCGAUAUUGACAUAACCUGAAAGGCCGCUCAGCAAGGAAGAAGCCACUGCUCCAAAACCGCCAUAAAAAAGCCAGACUACGGUUUGCAACUGCACAUGGGGACAAAGAUCGUACUUUUUGGAGAAAUGUCCUCUGGUCUGAUGAAACAAAAAUAGAACUGUUUGGCCAUAAUGACCAUCGUUAUGUUUGGAGGAAUAAGGAACAAGCCGAAGAACACCAUCCCAACCGUGAAGCACGGGGGUGGCAGCAUCAUGCUGUGGGGGUGCUUUACUGCAGGAGGGACUGCUGCACUUCACAAAAUAGAUGGCAUCAUGAGGAAGGAAAAUUAUGUGGAUAUAUUGAAGCAACAUCUCAAGACAUCAGUCAGGAAGUUAAAGCUUGGUCACAAAUGGGUCUUCCAAAAGGACAAUGACCCCAAGCAUACUUCCAAAGUUGUGGCAAAAUGGCUUAAGGACAACAAAGUCAAGGUAUUGGAGUGGCCAUCACAAAGCCCUGACCUCAAUCCUAUAGAACAUUUGUGGGCAGAACUGAAAAAGCGUGUGCUAGCAAGGAGGCCUACAAACCUGACACAGUUACGCCAGCUCUGUCAGGAGGAAUGGGCCAAAAUUCACCCAACUUAUUGUGGGAAGCUUGUGGAAGGCUACCCAAAACGUUUGACUCAAGUUAAACAAUUUAAAGGCAAUGCUACCAAAUACUAGUUGAGUGUAUGUAAACUUCUGACCCACUAGGAAUGUGAUGAAAGAAAUAAAAGCUGAAAAAAAUCAAUCUCUCUACUAUUAUUCUGACAUUUCACAUUCUUAAAAUAAAGUGGUGAUCCUAACUGACCUAAGACAGGGAAUUUUUACUAGGAUUAAAUGUCAGGAAUUGUGAAAAACUGAGUUUAAAUGUAUUUGGUUAAGGUGUAUGUAAACUUCCGACUUCAACUGUAGGUUGAGAACUUUUGUGAAAGAGCACAGUUUGGGGGAGGGGGGAGGGGGGGGAUAUGGCAUGUAGAGGCAAACCGGAUGGACAUCAUGAAAAUGAUAGGAGAGAUUGAGGGUAGAGGAAGUUCAGGAGUAAAAAGUAACAAAAUAGAAUCAUUGUAAAAUUGACUGUGUCCAUAAAAAGUAUAUAGUAUGUAUAAGAUGGAAGUAGUGGCAUAAGCGUUGUUAUUUACUCCAAUUAGGGGAGGGGUGGUGGGGUUGGAAAGUAAUAAAGGAAAAUAAAUGUAAAAAAAGAAGUGUGUGUGAAAAAAACAUGGGGGAUUGGAAGUGAUGUAGACAAUUACAUUGAUGGAAGUUACAAUCUAUCUGCAAUAUUAAAGCUGAUUACCCCCUAAGAGAAAAAUAGAUAUAUAAUUUUUUUUAUCUUCCAACACUAAAAGUUGUUGUCUGAACAUUGUGUACCUCCAUAGGUUGUGGCAUUCGGCAUGUCGGGGCAAGGAUAGUGAUGUGGUUGUCUUCGGGGGGAGCCGAGACUACGUCCUCCUGAUGGACUCGGUACGUAUAAGUCUACACUGGGGAAAAAUAAGUAUUUAAGGAUGCUUUUCACAUUCUCUAGCUUGAUAGAUGAUGUUUAACUGUUUUGUUUUAAAUCAAAUAAAAAAUGGGGGGGGGGGGGGGGGUCAAGAUGAGGAGGAGGAUUAUUUAAGAUACUGUUUGAAGAGGUAGGGUUUCAGAUGUUUUCAGAAGAUGGGCAGGGACUCUGCUGUCCUAGCUUCAGAGGAAAGUUGGUUCCACCAUUGUGGUGCCAGGACAGAGAAGAGCUUGGACUGGGCUGAGCGGGAGCUGCCUUCCCGUAGGGGUGAGAGGGCCAAGAGACCUGAGGUGGCAGAUCAGAACCUGAAGGUAGGGAGGGGCAGAUCCUCUUGCUGUUCCGUAGGUAAGCACCAUGGUCUUGUAGUGGAUGCGAGCUUCAACUGGAAGCCAGUGGAGUGUGCGGAGGAGCGGGGUGACAUGAGAGAACUUGGGAUGGUUAAACCAGGUGGGCUGCUGCGUUCUGGAUAAGUUGCAGGAGAUUGAUGGCACAAGCGGGGAGCCCAGCCAACAGCGAGUUGCAGUAGUCCAGAAGGGAGAGGACAAGUGCCUGGAUUAGGACCUGUGCCGCUUCGUGUGUGAGGUAGGAUCAUACUCUACGGAUGUUGUAGAGCAUGAACCUGCAGGAGCGGGUCACUGCUUUGAUGUUUGCAGAGAACGACAGGGUGUUGUCCAGGGUCAUACCAAGGUUCUUUGCACUCUGGGACAGUGACACUGUGGAGUUGUCAAUCGUGAUGGAGAGGUCUUUGAGCGGGCAGGCCUUCCCGAGGAGGAAGAGCAGUUCUGUCUUGUUGAGCUUGAGGUGGUGGGCCGACAUCCAAGUUGAGAUAUCUGCCAGUCACGCAGAGAGGCGUGUCGCCACCUGGGUGUCAGAAGGGGGGGGGGGGGAGAAAAUAAGUUGCGGGUCAUCCGCAUAGCAAUGAUUGGAGAGAACAUUUGAGGAUAUGACGGAGCCGAGUGACUUGGUGUAUUUAGAAAAGAGAGGGCCUAGAACCGAGACCUGGGGGACACCAGUAGUGAGAGUACGUGCUGCAGACAGAUCCUCUCCACAACACUUGGUAGGAGCGGCCUGCCAGGUAGGAUGCAAUCGAAGAGUGUGCAUAGCCUGAGAUGCCCAGCGCUGAGAGGGUGGAGAGGAGGAUCUGAUGGUUCACGGUGUCAAAGGCAGCGGAUAGAUCGAGGAGGAUGAGAACAGAGGAGAGAGAGAGAGUCAGCUUUGGCAGUGCGGAGAGCCUCUGUGACACAGAGAACAGCAGUCUCGGUUGAGUGACCAGUCUUGAAGCCUGACUGGGUAGGGUCAAGAAGAUCGUUCUGAGAGCGAUAACAAGAAAGUUGAUCAGAGACCGCAUGCUCAAGUGUUUUGGAAUGAAAAGAAAGAAGGGAUACAGGUCUAUAGUCUUUGACAUCAGAUAAGUGUUGGUUUCUUGAGGAGGGGAGCAACUCGGGCCAUUUGGAAGUCAGGGGGGACACAGCCAGUGGUCAGGGAUGAGGGAAGUGAGGAAUGGGAGAAGGUCUGGAGGAGGGGAUGGGGUCGAGCGGGCAGGUUGGCUGGCGCCCAGACCUCACUAGUCGCAGGAUGUCAUCUGGAGAGAGAGGGGAGAAAAAGGUCAAGGUGUAGGGUAGUUCUGUGUGAGUGAGACCAGUGGACUCAAUAGGCUGAAUUUCCUAGGGUUAGAGGCAGAAUCUUGAGAUUUAGAGUGGAAGAAAGUGCAUUUAGCAGAGGUAGAGAGGAGGGAGUGAAAGGAUGAUAGUUUAGUUUUCCUCAAUUUUCGCUCAGCUGCCCGCAGCCCUGUUCUGUAAGCUUGCAAUGAGUCACUCAGCCACGGAGCAGGAGGGGAGAGCCGAGCCGGCCGGGAGGAAAGGGGACAGUGUUAGUCAUAGGAUGCGGAAAGGGAGGAGUAAGGUCGAAGAGGCAGAAUCAGGAGAUGGAAGAGAGAAGGAUUUAGCAGAAGGGAGAGAUUAUAGGAUGGAAGAGGGGAGAGUAGUGAGAGAACAAAGAUUGUGACGGCGCAUGACCAUCUGGGUAGGGGCUGAGUGGUUAGGUUUAGAGGAAAGGGAGACCGAAAAGGAAACAAAGUAGUAAUCAGAGACCUGGAGGGGGGUUACUGUGAGAUUAGUAGGCAAGCAGCCUCUAGUAAAGAUGAGGUCAAGCGUAUUGCCUGCCUUGUGAGUUGGAGGAGAUUGGGAAAGGGUGAGGUCAAUGUCUAGGUCAAGAGGCAAGGAGGGGAAAUAGAGUUGGAAAUAAAUUAAUUGAAGGCAGAUGUCAGAAUGUUGAAGUCGCCAUCGUCAGGAAAUGAGCUUAUCAAGGUGUCAAGCUCAUUGAGGAACUCUCCAAGGGCACAUGGUGGGCGAUAGACGACAGUAAUGUUAAGCUUGAGUGGACAAGUGAGUGACAGCAUGGAAUUCAAAUGAGGAGAUGGACGAAAAGAGAAAAUCUCCACUUAGGAGAAAUGACUAGACCUGUGCCACCAUCGCAACGACCAGAUGCUCUCGAACUAUGAGAGAAAACAUAGUCAGAUGAAGAAAGAGCAGCUGGAGUAGCAGUGUUCUCUGGGGUGAUCCAUGUCUCCGUCAGGGCCAAAAAGUCAAGGGACUGAAGGGUAGCAUAUGCUGAGAUGAACUCUGCGUUCUUGACCGCAGAUCGGCAGUUCCAAACACUGCCAGAGACCCGGAAUUCCACAUGGGUUGUGCGUGCAGGGUACACUCAAUUAGGAGGGUUGCAGACAAGGGGUGGGGAGCGUCUGUAAAGCCUACAGGGAGAGGUGCGAACAGGUAUAGAAAACACACAUAGUUGACAAAGCUACAAAAGAGCAAAAUGAGAAUCUGUAAAUGACUAGGUAAGAUACUCAAGUGAGAGAGCGGUGUGAAGUCCUCCUCUCUUUCCUUGAAUAACUCCGCAGAACAGUCUUUGUUUCGGCGACGGUCUUAGUUUUGCGACAAAACUAGCAAAAUGACAGUAAUAGACCGACAGAUAAAGACAAAACAAAUUAUAUUUAUCACUCCUGGAGAUAUCAGGAGUCCUCUAGCUAUAUUCCAUACAAUAAAGAGCCUUGUCUAUUCAAGUGGCAAACAACAUUACAUUUCCUUGUGAAAUAUUUGAAAGGAGAAUGUAUUUUUAACCAAGCCACAAACACAAGGAAUGCUUUUUCUAUGGGGAAACUUCUGAAACGACACGUUUCUCAAACAGCCAUGGAUUAUGGCACACAUACCUUUUAAAACAUAUCGUUCCCUAUUUAACAUUUUGUUUAGGGGCCUUAUAAUCAUUCUCUAAGUAGACAAAACUUUAGCUGGUUUAGACUUUGUGACGCAAACAAAGCUCAAAUGGAGUUAAGGCGAUUUCCAACGCAACUGCUUAGGUGUGAGGUGGACUUGUAUGGACUGUAUGGAUCAUGAAUGGACUUAAAACAUGACCCAGCACAUAAGAACCUAGUCGAGCGACUGCAAUGUUUGGGCUUAGGCUUAAUAUGGUAUUGCCUCACUGGGGUUGUUAUGAUGUCACUACAUACCCUCCCUCCAUCAAUCCAUCCAUCCAUCCAUCACACUACUAUGUUACCAACCCUCUGCUUUCAGGUCAAUAUUUUGAGGUCUCCAUCACAGAACCACUGCAAAGAUGUUCUAGUCUUCCAGACCCAGCCAUACCCCCUCCUCAGGUAAGCCACACAUGUGUGCGAUAUAAAAACGAACCUGCCGAUAUACUGCAAAAGUAGCCUAAUGUAAAGAUGAGUCCAUAUCCCACGCCAUCGGUUGUGUAGGUCCAGCUAUACUCUCAAAUGAAUGGAAAAAAAUAAGUACUUCUAAUCUGGAAACGACAUGGUGCUUAUAUAUUUUCCUUUCAUUUUGGAUAGUGGCAUAUCAUAGCUGAAUCUACAAAAGAGGGCUUGGGACGUGGAGUUAUCUCAACAGGACCAAUUUUGAGGUCUGAAAACAACUGGCAAACUUUGAUUUUGGAUUGUGAUGUCUCUUUUUAAUAUGGGAAUAUACUCACUCGCCUUUGGUGUUAUAUUAUCAUUUUUAACCACUGAUACCAGGACAAAUCAGCAUAGCAAUAAUCUAGGAACAAUGCUACAUAAAGACAUACCGCUACAUAACUGUUGUACAUCUGUGACCACAGUAGUCAGCUGUGCAAGUGUGUGUGCGUGUUGGUCCAUUCCCAACCACACAUGACUAAGUGGUUUAACAAAGUCCACAGUGACCGUUUGAGCAUGUUGUGCUAUUUAUACUCCGACUUUGAUCCGAACGUUACUUGUUGCGCCAGUGUUUUAGUGUUGUGGGAUUUCGCUGUGCUUUACCACUGUGACGUAGUGCUGAUUUUUAUAAAGAGCUUAACCAAAAAUUAACCUUACUGUAAAUGUGCAAUAUAGAGAUUUGACAUGUUUAACAUGAAACAGUCAACUUAAAACCAACUAUUGAAGCCUUACCCAGAUAAAGAACAACACACUUUUUAGUUUCCAGCACCUGGUUUUCUGUUGAUGUUUUAACUAACCUGUACUUCAAUUUCUCUUUAUAGAUUAUGUGAAGACUGCAUAGGACGUAACGCUGAUGUUUUGCAAGAGCAGCUUUCAUGGCUGCCCCCCAAACUACAGGAGACUGUGGACAAGAGAGUGUCCUUCUUCAGGAUAGGCCCAAACCAGGAAAAUAAAAAACAGUUGGACCUGGUUUUAGAUUGACAGUAUAUUUACUUGAUCUAUAUAUUUUAGAUAUAUUACAGUAUACCAAUAUAUUACAUGACUUAAGUUUUAUUGACUGUUGUGUUUAAGUGUGGUAUUCUAUUUGUUUUUAUCUGAAAAACUUGUUAAUUUCACUUUUCUAAAGUUAAUUAGGAAAUGAGUCUCAUUGGUGCUUUAAACUGUCUUUUUCUAUGACCAUUCAGCUCUCCUCACACAGGUUUGAAUGGGAGAUGGCUACAGGUAGUAAGACCCUUGUAAAUAACAUUCUUUAAUUGGAUAUUUGGCAAAAAUAAGUGUUGUAAAUGCAGUUUUUUUUGCAAUUGAUGUACAAUCAUCAAUAGCAGCCCAAUUAACUUGACAAAAUGAAAACAUUGGAAAAUAAGGUUGUUGUAUUGUAUCUUUUAAUGUUGACUAAUAAAAUGUUGCUGAUUAAAAUGUUAUUGUUAGAUGUGCUCUAUUCAAAGCCUACUCUUUGGGUAGACUGGGUACCUGACUGGUUCUAUAUUCAACAAUGCUAGCUACAUAGGCUGUGUUUAGACAGGCAACCCGAUUCUAAUCAAAAGGCCAAUUAGUGAAAAAAAUGUCAGAAUUGGGCUGCCUG